GUCAGUUCAGAUUAGUUUUCAUCAGAGUUCGGAAGGAUGUUAGUUUUACAAUCGCUUGUGUUUGGUGUGUUUAUUAGUCUCGCGGUAGCCUACGCGCGUUUCUUAUGGAAAAGACGUCGAAUGUAUCAUCUUGCAGCUAAGCUUGAUGGACCAAAAGGAUUACCAUUCAUUGGAAUUGGACAUCAUUUGUUUAACUUAAGUUUGACAGAAAUUUUCGAAUAUUUAAUGAACGAACCAGAAAAAUAUGAAACGCCAUCGAAAUUCUGGCUUGGACCUGAACUUGUGGUCUUUGCAAACACUCCUGAUAUGUUACAAAUUGUGUUAAAUUCACCAAAGUGCUUAGAUAAAUCACCGCUUUAUGAUUUGUUCGUUUUAAAGAAGGGUUUGUUGAUUGUCGGUGGAGAAAUGUGGAAACGACAUCGUAAAGCUCUCAAUCCCGCUUUUAGCAUUGGAAAUAUAAAAAAGUUCAUUCAAUUAUUUGAUGAAAAAUCGAAAAUAUUCGUGAAAAAUUGUGAAAAACAUAUCGAAAAAAAAUCUUUUGAUGUUUAUGGUUACAUGUCAGCAUGUUCUCUUGAAACUUUAUUGAAAGGAAAUUGCAAUUAUGUUUGUGACAUCCAAAGUGAUGCUUUGAAUAAUGUUUACAUUAAAAAUGUGGAAAAGGGCGCUAAAAUCCUGAUGGACAGAGUGAAAAAUAUUUUAUACCAUUUCGAAGCAAUUUAUCAUCUUUCUAAACUUUACCGUGAUGAACAACUCUACAUUCAUGAAGGAGCUCUUAAAAUAGCUGAUGAGAUUUAUGAACAAUAUCGAAAUCAACUAAAGGACAAAAAUACUUUUAACGAUUCUGAUGGAUAUCAAAUGGAACCCAAAAACUUUGUUGAUUGUUUACUCGAGGAGAAAAAUCAAUUUGAGAUGGAUGAAAUUAAAGACGAGAUUAACACACUUGUGGCUGCGGGACACGAAACAUCAGCUUUUGUAGUCUCGUGUACGAUUUUAAUGCUUUCAAUGUUCCCAGAAGUACAACAGAAAGUAUUUGAAGAGAUUGAAGAAGUUUUCAACAAAUCAAACUAUGAAAUUGAUUACGAAAAACUCAGUAAAUUAGUUUAUCUUGAUAUGGUCAUUAAAGAGACGAUGAGAUUAUUUCCAGUUGUUCCCUUUGGAACGCGAAGAUCAAACGAUGAAGUUGAAAUCGGAGAUAAAGUCAUUCCAGCUGGCACAACAAUCGUCAUCUCAACUUAUUCUGUACAACGAAGCAAAAAUUUUUGGGGUGAUGAUGCUGAUAAAUUCAAUCCCGAACGAUUUUCACCAGAAAACUUUAAAAACAUUCAUCCCUAUGCUUAUAUUCCUUUCAAUGGAGGUCCAAGGAUCUGUAUUGGCUGGCGAUAUGGAAUGAUGUUCAUGAAGACAAUUCUGACAAACUUUUUAAGAAACUUUGAAGCUUCUACUGAACUAAAGUUUGAAGAUUUAACAUGUAAAAUUGCUUUGUCACUUAAAUUAAACCAAAAAUGUUUGAUAAGUGUAAGAAAAAGAUGAUUUGUGUCAAACGUCUUUCCUGUGAUUUUAAAUUAAAAAUUAAUUUCUGUAUCGAUAAUAAAAUUAGAUAUUGAGAAGCUUGAUUUGUGUUUUAUGUACAU